AUGAACGCCGAACUGCGCCGUGGACUGGAGCGAAAAUAUGGAACAAAAGAUAACGCUAUCAUCGAAGAAAAACUCAAAGACCUUAAGAAUAUUUUCCCAGAUGGUGGCCCCUAUGUCCUAACACAUGCCGACCUUAACAGCGGCAGUAUCAUCGUCAACGAAGGCAAAAUCCGAGCAAUCAUCGACUGGGAACUAGCCGGUUACUAUCCCUGGUGGGUCGAACGCUGGGCCCAGGAGAGCCGAUGCCGAGACACAUCGUGUAUAGAGAUAUGUGAUAUGGUAUGGGCCGGGCUGGAUGCCGAGCAUGACAGCGAUGCCAAACAUGCCAGCAAACAGUUUACGAAGAAAGUGACAAACCCAGUGGAUGAAGUGCAAACGGUCUUGAAACAUUACCCAAUUAGGCAUACCGAAGCACGUAAUUUCGAAUCGAAAUUGAAGCGUGAGGUUGAUUACAAUGAGACGGCUCAAGCGACAUAUAAUCCAGAGUAUUCAGACAGGGAAGAUGAGGUAGAAGAGUCAGAGGUGGCAGAAGACCUCAGAUCAUUAUCACUGUAG